AUGGCUGCACGCGACGUCGUUGCCUGCGCGGCGCGUGCUUUUCGUGUCCUCGCUGCCUCCUCGUCGCAGCGCGGCGUCACAUUCCCCUCCCCGAAUCGAGAUGAACCGGUCCGCUGCAGCCUCUCGCCUCCCCGCCUAUCUCGCCUCCCCUCGUUUCCCCCGCCCGUCGCCCUCAUUUCCGCCGCCCGUCGCCCUCGCAUCCCCCGCCCGUCGCCCUCGCUUCCCCCGCCCGUCGCCCUCGCUUCCCCCGCCCGUCGCCCUCGUUUCCCCCGCCCGUUGCCCUCGCUUCCCCCGCCCGUCGCCCUCGUUUCCCCCGCCCAUUGCCCUAGCUUCCCACGCACGUCGUCAGCGCGUCCCCCUCCCGUUGCCCUCGCUUCCCGUUCCCAUCGCUCGCCCCGUCGACCUCUCCUCACUCCCUUUCCCGCCGCUUCCUCCCCCUGCUUCCCCUCGUCUUCCCUCUCGCUUCCUUCCCUCGUCGCCCACGCGCAUUCCCCUCCCCUCCCUGCGGCCGUCGCCUUCGUCUCCCGCCUCCCCGCCUUCGCAAACCCUCACAGUGCACGUAUUUACCACAGUUCUCCAAUCCCCUCACCCUAUGCUUCUCAUUGGCACGCCGCCUCCUCGUCGCCGCCUGCCGCAUCGCCGCCUCUCCAUUUAACGUUUCCUUUGUCCGCAUCCCUCCCACUCUGCCCUUCUCUCUCUUCCUCCUCCAAUCUCCUCCAUUCCCUCUCACCCGGUUUCCUACCUCCGCAUUUUCCUCUCCCCACUGCUUCCUCUCUCCUUCUCCUCUUCUCCCUCUGUCUAUCUCCUCCUAUCCCGCUCCUCUCUCUUCCAAUCUACCCUCACCCUUCUCCUCCUAACAUCUCUGGUCCCUCCCCCCCUUUCUUCCUAUCACCCCCUCACCCUCUCCCCUCUUACUAUCUCCAUCGAGCCCUCGCCCCCUCUCGCCCUCAUAUCCAACCUUCCUUCCCCUCAUUUCCCAUCACAAAAUAA